UGCGUUAACAUUGCGUGUGGCGUCACAUUAUUAUUGUAUGCCAGUUUUUGUGUCAUGACUUUAGCUCCGAGUUGCGUUUACACACUCCAUAAUGCGGCGUUACAUACGUGCACUGAUGCUGUGCAUGGUGUUUGCCGUGUUCUCGGGACUGUAUGUUUACAGUAAGCUGUUUUACUCGGACGCACCGGUCGGUGGGAACGGACCAAAGAGGAGUUUCAUCCCACCCAGAGUGGCCGGAGCCAGCCGAGGGGCCGUGGACAAAACUGGGCCCCAAAACACACACUGGUACAAUAGGUACAUUAUGCGUCAGCGGGGUCAGCUGGAGGCGGGUGGUGGCGGCAUUCAGAGCAGACCCGAGCCUCCCAUGCACCUGGCCGUAGUGGCCUGUGGGGAGAGACUGGAGGAGACUCUCACCAUGAUCAAGUCCGCUGUACUUUUCAGCAUCAAACGCCUCUGCCUGCACAUCUUCGCUGAAGAUCAACUACACACUAGCUUCAUGGAAGCUCUGGAGUCGUGGCCUGGCUUUAUUCGCUCCAGAUUCAACUACACAGUCUACUCCAUCAGCUUCCCCAGUGACAACGCAGCCGAGUGGAAGAAACUCUUCAAACCCUGCGCUUCUCAAAGGCUUUUUUUACCUCUGAUCCUGAAGGACAUUGACUCGAUAGUGUACGUCGACUCAGACAUCCUCUUCCUGCAGCCCGUGGACCAGCUGUGGGCAUUCUUGUCUCGCUUCAAUUCCUCUCAGCUGGCGGCCAUGGCCCCAGAGCACGAGGAGCCCCGCAUCGCCUGGUACAGCCGCUUCGCCCGCCACCCCUUCUACGGCACGGCGGGCAUCAACUCAGGGGUCAUGCUCAUGAAUAUGACGAAGAUGAGGAACACGUUCUUCAAGAAUGACAUGACGUCUGUGGGACUGCGUUGGGAGGAACUGUUGAUGCCACUACUCCAGAAAUACAAACUCAACAUAACCUGGGGGGACCAGGACCUUCUCAACAUAAUUUUCCAUCACAACCCCGAGAUGUUGCUGGAGUUUCCGUGCCAGUGGAACUAUCGUCCGGAUCAUUGCAUCUAUGGCAGUAACUGUGCUUCGGCCGAGGAGGAUGGCGUCUACAUAAUGCAUGGAAACAGAGGGGUUUACCACGACCACAAGCAGCCCGCCUUCAGAGCUGUUUACGAGGCCAUACGAAAGUACUCAUUUGGCGCAGACCCAGUGACUUCUUUGUUGGAUCCUCUAGAAGAGGAACUGUUGAAGACAACACAUACUUAUUGUGGUAAAUCCCACGCACUCUUCACCAAGAAACUGGCACACAGCCUGGCAAAUGCCAACAGGAAGGCUCCACGUGGACGGUGACAAAAAUGUAAGCUGGGAUAGAGGCCAAUAGGAUUUUUACAAGCUCGGCUACCAAGAUAAGGAACAGUGCUUAUUGGAGCUAACCAUUCGUACUUGCUGGCCUUGAGCAAGACAUUGAACUCCUAACUUCUGAUCCUACAAGCUGACUGCAGCUUGUCUGCUUUGAACAGCAGGGUUUUUUGACUGAGAUACAAAAAAAUGACACUGUGGAAUGAGUGCAGUUUUUUUUUUUUGACUACUUUGGUGAACAGUUGCUUAAUGCUCACUGGUUAGAUUUCCAUCCGAACAUUUCAAUUAUUUAUUUUUAUUUUUUUACUGGAUUCUGAGAAAAUCAGCAAAAGAAAAUGAGAAUUUCUGCAUGUUUCCAUCCAUUACCAUUAUGCAUCUAUGAGGAGUUGGUUCGUCGAUUUUUAUAAAUAGGUGGUGGCACUAAUUCUCCAGUCAUUUGUGUCAUGCAUUAAUUUGAGGAACGUUACAGUCUCUCAUCAGUCCACACAGAUUUGAUGUUCAUGUCCACCGCCAUCUUUUUGUCUCUUAAAUGCAGCAGAAACUUUAGUGAAUCUUAAAGCCACAUGCUUCAUGUAUGUCAUGAUUCGUUUGUUUGCAUUGCACUUUGUCACAUUGUAACAACUUUUCUCCUUAAGUCCAGCAUUCUUUUUUUUUUGCAACAUUUUUCGAAUUUUCUGUGUUUCCUCUCAGGGUUUUUCAUGUGCUCCUUAUAAUUAUAAUUAUAAUUUAUAUGUGCAUACAAACUGAAAGGGAACUCAGUUGGAGUUGUGCAAAACUGAGACCAGUAACUGUUUAUCUCUUGUGAGUUGCUCUGAUUAUAAGUGUGAAUAUUUUUUUUUUUUUUUUUGGUGGUUUUUAUUACAACAUUUUUUGUAUUUCACUGACAACCAAAAAGCAUCUAGUGUCUUCCUCAUAGUAAUUUGCUUCUUUCAGAGCCUCUGGCUACUGACUGAAGGUGCUAGAGAUCUGUAAAAGUUUGGAAGAGAAGCUCUUGUCUUUCCAUAUUGGAGAAUUUAUGAACUUGUGAAACACUCUUAUUAAAAAGAGACAAACCAUAUCAGAACUGGACAAAAGGCUUUCUGCAUGGCCUGUUUUUGAGAGAUGUAUGUGCGGGGCCGUUUUUUUCAGCCUUUAGAAACCACUCAGCAACAUGGAAGAACAGUCAUUUAAGAGAAUGACAGUGAAGUGAUAUUUUAUUAUUUCAGUGCAAAGUGAUUCUGCAAAUUAAUGCUGGGCUUUAUUUCUACAGUGGCAUGGGUGGAGCAUAUGAAACCUCCAUCAGUACUGUUUCCCUGUGUAAACAUUUGGUCUUUUCGUUGCUAUGUUACAGGUUACCUUGACCUAAGCGGCAAAAAAAGAGAAGGUCAUUUUUAAUGUGGUACAAUGUCGGUUUUGCAGUCUCUGUUUUUGUGAUGACAUGUUACAUGUUUUGCUUCUUUGUUUUGUGAAAUGAACCGAUACAUCUCCUUAUGAUGUUUCAGACAUUGCUGAAUAAUACGAUACUAUCUACUCCUUUUUAAAAGGAUGUGUUGCGUCAAUCUAGACACAGAUAUGAUAAAAAUUCUCUUAAUCUAAAAUUCACAGCAUAGCUGACAUACAUUAGCCUAGACAAUGCAGAAAAAUGCUACUAUGCUAUUGAACAUGUGAAUAAGCUACAAGUUCUCUCCCGAUGCCAAAGUAUUUGUUUUAUUACUUUAAUUAUGGGUUUUGCACCAGUGAAUGUAUUUUGAACACUAAGGGUUGAAAUGUUGUAAGUAAAUGUCAGUGUUUACAUUAUGUUGGUAUGGGAAAGGAUGGUAUAAGUAAGGAUAUCCUUUGUGACAUUACUGUGUUUACUUGUUUAUAUGUCACUGUCAAGAAAUGA